AAGUAGACGCAGCACGAAGCGCGUCUGGCGGGAAUCUGAUGUCAGUGCUCUUGAACAAAACAACUGCUUUUCCUCGGUUGUAGCACAAAGUUUCGCUUCGACCAAAAGCUGGGGCAGCGCCACACACUACUAUGCAGGCCUUUCUGAAAGGGGCCCAGAGCUCCAGAGCCCAGCAGAAGCAGGAGAGGAUCGGAUCGGCCGGACCCGCCGGUCACCCCAGUGCGGACAAGAAGCACAAAGCACUGCCUUGGGUGGAGAAAUAUAGGCCCAAAUGCGUCGAUGAAGUUGCCUUUCAAGAGGAGGUGGUUGCAGUGCUGAAGAAGUCUCUGGAGGGCGCCGAUCUUCCCAACUUAUUGUUCUAUGGCCCACCUGGCACUGGAAAAACGUCCACCAUACUGGCAGCUGCGAGGGAGCUGUAUGGACCUGAGCUGUAUCGGCAGAGAGUUCUGGAGCUGAACGCGUCUGAUGAACGAGGCAUCCAGGUUAUCCGGGAGAAGGUGAAGAACUUUGCCCAGCUGACUGCAGCGGGAACACGGACAGAUGGGAAACCCUGCCCCCCCUUUAAAAUCAUUAUCCUGGAUGAGGCGGACUCCAUGACAAACGCCGCACAGGCAGCCCUCAGACGCACAAUGGAGAAGGAGUCCAGAACCACACGCUUCUGUCUCAUCUGUAACUAUGUCAGCCGGAUAAUCGAGCCCCUGACAUCUCGAUGUUCUAAAUUCCGCUUCAAGCCUCUUGGAGACCAGGUCCAGGAAGAGCGACUGUUAGAAAUAUGUGAAAAGGAGAAUCUGAAGUACACUAAAGAGGGAAUUGGCGCUUUGGUGAGGGUGUCAGAGGGGGACCUCCGAAAAGCUAUAACCUUCCUGCAGAGUGCUGCGCGGCUGAACGGCGACAAAGAAAUCACCGAGUCAGACGUCACAGAGAUCGCUGGGGUUGUCCCUUCAAAGAUGAUACAAAAUCUGCUAAGUAUUUGUUACAAGAGCACCUUCGAUAAGCUUGAAAUUGCCAUUAAGAACAUAAUAGAUGAGGGCUAUGCAGCCAUGCAGAUAAUCCAUCAGCUUCAUGACACCAUCAUAGAUGAGAGUCUAAACGAUCAACAGAAGUCAGUAAUUACAGAAAAAAUGGCGGAAGUGGACAAGUGUCUGACGGAUGGAGCAGAGGAGUACCUACAGCUGUUGAGCCUGUGUUCAGUGAUCAUGCAGCAAGCACAAACAUCCCAGAGCAACUAAGCAGCUGUAGCUUUUCAAACCCCUUUUGUCUUCCCCAUUUUCUUGUUUUGCUUUUGGACAGACUUUUGUACCUUAUUAAAAGAUUGCUUAACGCUGGUGCAACCUGUUUUUUUUGGUGGGCUACCUAAAUGUAAACACUAAGUUAGUGCACAAAAGUCAAAUCACAAGCAGUCUUAUUUUUAUCUUAAUAUCCAUCAUGUGAGCUUUGGGGCCUCCGGCUGCUCGCACCAAAUUUGAUCAUUUCAAAAUUGUUCCACGGGAGUAGAUGCCACUGCCAUUAAGGUUUGCACCCAGAGGUACAGUCAUCUUACAAAAGAAACAGACACCAUGUUUAUUUUUGCGCCAUUGAUUUAUU